GUGUCCUGUGCAUUCCAACCAGUCUGUCUCUCUGUAGAUGUGUCCUGUGUGUGUGGAAGUCGGUACGUGGGCAACGGGGAAUUCUGUAACGGAGACCUGGCCAGUGUUGUGGCUACCAACUUAAACUACUCUGUAUUCUACAAUGUAAGUUUGUUGUUUCAUUAAGCAUUAAUCCUAAAUUAAGAUCCUCACAUGCAACUCAGACUUAAUUGUAUUAAUUCAAAUUAAAGUGAACGAAUUAGCACAAUUGUCAAUGACAUUGGGACAUUUGCUAACGGUAUGGAUCUCAAGUUAGGAUUUGGCCCUCCUUUGCGAGUGCAAAUAUUGAAAACCAUUAAAUUGAUUGUCUCUCCUGGUUGUAGAUAUUGUUGAAGUAUGCAGGCUCGUCUACAGAGGGAGAAACUCUAUUGGACUUUCUCUCCACCAGUUCAUCCUAUGCUACUCUGUUUGUGCCACUCAACGCUGGGUUCUCUGAGAAUGAGGUGAUUUUAUUUUAACAUUUGAAAUCAUGGAACAAAACAAAAGUAAUUUAUAUUUACUUUUUCCCUGUAAAUUAAUGUAUUUUUUUUUCAUUUUAAAAGGAGAGGUCACCUAAAUUACAAAAUGACAGACUAAGCUUUCGUUUAGCUAGUUUGGUUUAGCUAGUUUGGUUUAGCUAGUUUGGUUUAGCUAGUUUGGUUUAGCUAGUUUGGUUUAGCUAGUUUCAGCUACCCUGGCAGUGGCAGGUACUGUUUCCACAUGCUAACAUUUUAGCAUUUGUGGCACAAAUCCCAUUCAAGUCAAGGGACCGAUAUUAUAUAUAUAUAUUUUUAAUCAUCUAUAAGUGACUUUGGUGAACUUCAAAAUCAAUUUGAGAUACUUUCUGAUGAUUUGGACAUGAUGCACGAAAAAAAAAAUGUUAUAUCGGUCCCAUGACUUGAAUGGAAUUUUUGCCACAAAUGCUAAAACGUUAGCAUUUGAAAACAAUGCCAGUGAAACUAAACCAAAGCAUGGAUUGCGAUCAUACCAUGUCCAUAGACUGCUGACAGGGUAAGGAAACAAAUGGCAUUUCAUAAUUUGUGUGCACUAUCCUUUUAAUGAUGUAUAGUUUUGUAUAAAUGUAUUUGUCAUUUGAUGUAUAUUUUCUUGACUGUGUGGUAGACGUUAUCAGACCGGGAUGUGGAGUACCACAUCUCCACUAACAACAGCAUUAUGCUCUAUGAGGACCUGAAACACGACGGAGUCAUCCCCUCCCGACUGGGAUAUAACCUCUCGGUGGCCAUUUCCUCCAGCAACACCACACAGCAGAACCAGGUGAGUGGACCGGACACCACACAGCAGAACCAGGUGGCCAUGUCCUCCAGCAACACCACACAGCAGAACCAGGUGAGUGGACCCGUCUGUUACAGAUGUCCGGGAGCUGGUUGUGCAAUUCAAACAGUCUUCACUUCAGAUCAACGUGUUACCAAUAAGUUGUAAAAUUAAAAAUAAAAUUUAAAAAAGUGUAUAACAUCAUACAUUUCUUAAAGCAACAAUUCAUUUCAUGGAAGUUUUGAUUUGGAUGAAGUGAUUCUUGAUUGUGUGUGUGUGUGUGUGUGUGUGUGUGUGUGUGUGUGUGUGUGUGUGUGUGUGUUUCCCCACAGGAGCCCCAGACGUUCAAACUAGUGAACCGAAGGCUAGUGUUGACCUGGGACAUCCCAGCAUACAAUGGAAUCAUCCAUGUCAUAGAGGGCCCACUCAGAGCCCCACCCCUACCAGUGAGUGAAGCAGGACCCUACAUGCACAUCCUAGAUCAGUUUUACAUUUCCCCCACUAAUGGUUAAGGUUCGGCUUGGGGGAGGGGAAUCACAUCCUAGAUCAGUUUUACAUUUCCCCCACUAAUGGUUAAGGUUCGGCUUGGGGGAGGGGAAGCAGAUCCUGGAUCUGUACCUAUGGGAAACUUCAACCCAGAGUGAACAGGGUUCAUCUGCUCCUUAUCAGACCAUCAUAACAAUCCUAAUUCAUCGCAAAUUCCACCCUAUUCCAGAGCCACAUAAGGGUCUGUGGUCAACGGUAACACAUAAGGGUCUCUGGUCAACGGUAACACAUAAGGGUCUGUGGUCAACGGUAACACCCUACAGUAUGAGGGAAUAGGGUACCAUUUGAGAAGCAUGUCUGGUAUCUUUUUGUGGCUUUGUCCCUUCUAGUAAUUCUAUUUCUAUGACCAUCAUGGCAGGUGCACCAUGCCCAGUCAUCAGGCCCUUCCCACCAGGGCGGGACUGUGGCCACCUCCAUCCUGGUCCCCUGUCUGAUAGGCUGCGUCAUCGCUGGCCUCACCUACUACGUCUUCAAACACAAGAACGACGCCUUCCGCUUCCAUUACUUCAAGGUAACAAGUCCCCCAAACGGCACCCUAUUGCUUAUAUAUAUACGUGGUCCUCUGUAGCUCAACUGGUAGAGCACGGCGCUUGUAACGCCAAGGUAGUGGGUUCGAUCCCCGGGACCACCCAUACACAAAAAUGUAUGCACGCAUGACUGUAAGUCGCUUUGGAUAAAAGCGUCUGCUAAAUGGCAUAUUAUUAUUAUAUUAUUAUAUAGUGCACUACUUUAGACCAGAUCCAUAGGGCUCUGGUCUAAAGUAGUGCACUACAUAGGGAAUAGGAGGCCAUUCUCUGGUCUAAAGUAGUGCACUAUAUAGGGAAUAGGGGGCCAUUCUCUGGUCUAAAGUAGUGCACUAUAUAGGGAAUAGGGUGCCAUUCUCUGGUCUAGAGUAGUGCACUAUAUAGGGAAUAGGGGGCCAUUCUCUGGUCUAAAGUAGUGCACUAUAUAGGGAAUAGGGGGCCAUUCUCUGGUCUAAAGUAGUGCACUAUAUAGGGAAUAGGGUGCCAUUCUCUGGUCUAAAGUAGUGUACUAUUUAAGGAAUAGGGUGCCAUUCUCUGGUCUAAAGUAGUGCACUAUAUAGGGAAUAGGGUGCCAUUCUCUGGUCUAAAGUAGUGCACUAUAUAGGGAAUAGGGGGCCAUUCUCUGGUCUAAAGUAGUGCACUAUAUAGGGAAUAGGGUGCCAUUCUCUGGUCUAAAGUAGUGCACUAUUUAAGGAAUAGGGUGCCAUUCUCUGGUCUAAAGUAGUGCACUAUAUAGGGAAUAGGGUGCCAUUCUCUGGUCUAAAGUAGUGCACUAUAUAGGGAAUAGGGGGCCAUUCUCUGGUCUAAAGUAGUGCACUAUAUAGGGAAUAGGGGGCCAUUCUCUGGUCUAAAGUAGUGCACUAUAUAGGGAAUAGGGGGCCAUUCUCUGGUCUAAAGUAGUGCACUAUAUAGGGAAUAGGGUGCCAUUCUCUGGUCUAAAGUAGUGCACUAUAUAGGGAAUAGGGGCCAUUCUCUGGUCUAAAGUAGUGCACUAUUUAAGGAAUAGGGUGCCAUUUGUGACACAAAGAACCCUUCAUCUCUGUACACUAAUAAGGGCUCAAUCCCAAUUUGACAUAUGCACGUGUCAGUCGUAUUUUUGCAUAAAUUAUUAAUAGGAGAUAAGAAAAUGUUACUCAGUAGUGCAGCUUUAAAAGUCUGCAUGCUGGCCUAGCCUACAUACUGCUGCAUUUAUUUAGUUUUCAAUUUGAAAAAAACUAACUAACAGUUUUCCUGCUGAUGAAAACGUAGAAAUGUGGAACCAAAUCCACCUAUUUUUAUUUAAUUUUUUUAUUUAUCAGACGCUCUUAUCCAGGAGCAAUUAGGGUUAAGUGCCUUGCUCUAGGGCACAUCGACAGAUUUUUCACCUAGUCGGCUCAGGGAAUAGAACCAGCGACCUUUCGGUUACUGGCACAACGCUCUUAACCACUAAGCUACCUGCCGCCUCUUGAGUUGGGCUACUUUUUGACCAGUCACUCAGAGGAUUCUUUGUAUUGUGUUUUAGUUGUAUUGUUACAUAGUUGUAUUUUACAUUUGUGUAACUUGUCCAUCAGUCUAUCAGUGUUCUGUGUGGACCCCAGGAAGAGUAGCUGCUGCAAAAAGCUAAUGGGGAUCCAAACAAACACAUUUGACAUUCACCGAAUAACAAUAGCCAGAAAUCUAGUCCGUCUGUGCCAACAAUCCACUCCUGUCAGUCCUUGUCAAGCAAAACAAUAUGUUUGCCAUGACAAGGAGGUGGGGAGGGGGAAAACUGAAAGCUAUGGUCAAACCAUUGAUGUCUAAUGCUGUGAGGGGAACGGCACCUCCGUACCUUCAGGCUCUGAUCAGUCCCUACACCCAAACGAGGGCAUUGCGUUCAUCCACAUCUGGCCUGCUGGCUCCCCUUCCUCUGCGGAAGCAUAGUUCCCGCUCAGCCCAGUCAAAACUGUUCGCUGCUCUGGUGCCCCAAUGGUGGAACAAGCUCCCUCACGACGCCAGGACAGCGGAGUCACUCACCACCUUCCGGAGACACUUGAAACCCCACCUCUUUAAGGAAUACCUGGGAUAGGAAAAAGUAAUCCUUCUUCCCCCACAAAAAAAGAAGAAAAAGGUGGUUGUCCCACUGGCUAUCAUAAGUUGAAUGCACCAAUUUGUAAGUCGCUCUGGAUAAGAGCAUCUGCUAAAUGACGAAAAUGGAAAUGUCCUGUUUUCAUGGUCCUUUAGAUGGCUGAUUAUGCCUAAAUCUAAUUUGAGUGUCUGAGUGUUUAAUCUGGCUGGAUGAACUUCGAACGGGGCUGGAUUAAAGUGGCGCGUGGUUUCAUCCAAAUGCAACGAGCCGCUUGUGGAUUUGACAGCGCUAAUGCAGUUCCACCUCCAACACCGCCAAAACAAUGAUGUGUGGAUGUCUAUCUGAUUGAAUCUAGCCCCAAGUUGUUGUAUAAAUACAAAAAUAUCCGUCAUUAUACUCCCAUUUGAACUUUGUUGUGCUUUUAAAACGUCUGAAAGCUCAAUGAGAACACGUUUAGAUGACAACUAAACCAAAUAUCUGACAAGGUUACCCACAUUUCCACGUUGAAAUGACAUGGUAUGCCCAGUUGAAGGGGCUUUCUAAAACUAGAUUUCAUUGACUGACACGUCUCCCAUGGUGACAGAAUGAAGAGGAGGAUGAUAAACCUGCUCUGAUGUCCAUUCCCAACCCUCUCUACAGCGGAGCCAGCGCCUUCAACCAACCCUUUGGUAUCAAUGAACAAUGUGUAAGUCUCAAUAAUGAUAUGUUAUAUCUCAAUAACGCGACGGAUCAAUGUGUAAAGGCCAGGAUUCAAUCUGAUCCCGCCUGUCAACAAUGCUAUAUUUAAAAUGUAAUUACUAAUUGGAGGCGACAUAUGCAGUAUGGAUGCAGUCUCUGUGAAUGUGGGAACAUUGCCUUUAAAAAAAGCAGAGUUGUCGACAAACCGCGAUCAGAUUGAAUCUUGACCUAAGUCAAUGUUAUAUCUCAAUACUGUUCGCUUAACAAACCGCGAUCAGAUUGAAUCUUGACCUAAGUCAAUGUUAUAUCUCAAUACUGUUAGCUUAACAAACCGCGAUCAGAUUGAAUCUUGACCUAAGUCAAUGUUAUAUCUCAAUACUGUUAGCUUAACAAACCGCGAUCAGAUUGAAUCUUGACCUAAGUCAAUGUUAUAUCUCAAUACUGUUAGUUUAACACAUUUAUUUUUUUAACCACAUUGGGACUAUAGGAUUUCCUCUUGAAUCCGUAACUGAACUUCUGCCUCUGGGGGUGCUCUUGAGCCAAAAUGGGGUCCCCUGAAUGGACAGAGAUUGUUCAGAAAUAACCUAUAAUCAUCUAAUGGUUAAACAUUUUCUUUCCAUGUCUAGGCUUCACCAGCAGGAGAGGCAGAACCAGAACCGGCUCCUCCAGCACCUCAACUACUGGAUUAAUGAGAACAAUAAAACUCUAUGGAAGAGCUGGAGUCAAUUGACUUUCUGCAUUUGAGCAAACUAUGCUGGGAAUGUGUAAAUAAAACAUGAUUUAGCCCUGUGUUUUCCAAAGACAAUGGCUGGGAUUCAAUCCGUAGAAAUGCCGUCUACCAUGUGCUUUUUAAUGUUCCUGUGUGUGGAGAUGCUCUACUCCUGUAGCUCAGUUGGUGCCAGGGUUGUGGGUUCGAUUCCCACGGGGGGCCAGUAUGAAAAAAUGUAUGCACUCACUAACUGUAAGUCGCUCUGGAUAAGAGCGUCUGCUAAAUGACUAAAAUGUAAAUGUAAAAUGUACUGGCAAACACUAUUGGAAUUUACUUUUAAAAUGUCAAACGUGUUAAAACGCGGCCUCCUUUAAAAAGGCACAUUGUCAGCUGUCCUAUGUGUAUAUAUCUAUAACAUCUUGAAUUUAAUCCUGGCCUAAUCCUGGCCUAAUCUCGGCAGUAGGUCUGUUUUCCAAAGAUCUGUAAGGGACUAGGGCUAGGCUAUUCAGAACUGGAUUGAAGACUCAACCCUCCACAGAAACAACACUGAUGCAAAAUGUUAUGACACUGUAUUAAAAUAUUCCUUCUAGGCAUCCCUUGUAUAGAUUAUUGGUCAUUAUUUGAUGGUAUAAAUUCUGUUACUACAACAUAACCAUUUAUUAAUUAAACUCCCUUUCACCCAACAAUCAGAUUUUUCAUUUAAAUUUGAAUUUCCCAGGAUAAACUUUAUUAGAAUUAAAAUGUAUUCAACACAUACCAGAACAUUUUGUUUGGAUAUUAAUUUACUGGACUGACAUAAUUAGAUAACUGGCACUUUAGGUAGGCUUUGUUUACCCCUGACUUUAGCGGAAAACAAUUUUUACUUCAAGAAUGUCACCUCCGCUUCCCUUUAAAGCCGCAAAUCUCCUCAGAGGGAGCACCAACCCCCACCUCUCUGCUCCUCAGAGGGAGCACCAACCCCCAGCGCUCUGCUCCUCAGAGGGAGCACCAACCCCCAGCGCUCUGCUCCUCAGAGGGAGCACCAACCCCCACCUCUCUGCUCCUCAGAGGGAGCACCAACCCCCAGCGCUCUGCUCCUCAGAGGGAGCACCAACCCCCACCUCUCUGCUCCUCAGAGGGAGCACCAACCCCCAGCGCUCUGCUCCUCAGAGGGAGCACCAACCCCCACCUCUCUGCUCCUCAGAGGGAGCACCAACCCCCACCUCUCUGCUCCUCAGAGGGAGCACCAACCACCCCCAGCGCUCUGCUCCUCAGAGGGAGCACCAACCCCCACCUCUCUGCUCCUCAGAGGGAGCACCAACCCCCAGCGCUCUGCUCCUCAGAGGGAGCACACAACCCCCAGCGCUCUGCUCCUCAGAGGGAGCACCAACCCCCACCUCUCUGCUCCUCAGAGGGAGCACCAACCCCCAGCGCUCUGCUCCUCAGAGGGAGCACCAACCCCCCAGCGCUCUGCUCCUCAGAGGGAGCACCAACCCCCACCGCUCUGCUCCUCAGAGGGAGCACCAACCCCCACCUCUCUGCUCCUCAGAGGGCGCACCAAACCCCCAGCUCUCUGCUCCUCAGAGGGAGCACCAACCCCCAGCGCUCUGCUCCUCAGAGGGAGCACCAACCCCCCAGCUCUCUGCUCCUCAGAGGGAGCACCAACCCCCACCUCUCUGCUCCUCAGAGGGAGCACCAACCCCCAGCGCUCUGCUCCUCAGAGGGAGCACCAACCCCCAGCGCUCUGCUCCUCAGAGGGAGCACCAACCCCCAGCGCUCUGCUCCUCAGAGGGAGCACCAACCCCCAGCGCUCUGCUCCUCAGAGGGAGCACCAACCCCCAGCGCUCUGCUCCUCAGAGGGAGCACCAACCCCCAGCGCUCUGCUCCUCAGAGGGAGCACCAACCCCCAGCGCUCUGCUCCUCAGAGGGAGCACCAACCCCCAGCGCUCUGCUCCUCAGAGGGAGCACCAACCCCCAGCGCUCUGCUCCUCGAGGGAGCACCAACCCCCCCUCUGCUCCUCAGAGGGAGCACCAACCCCCAGCGCUCUGCUCCUCAGAGGGAGCACCAACCCCCAGCGCUCUGCUCCUCAGAGGGAGCACCAACCCCCAGCGCUCUGCUCCUCAGAGGAUGAUGAGCUGCAGUGUUAGUGGGAGCAGCAUGGAAAUGGUUCAAUAUGAAUGGAUGAAGAAUCACCUUUGUCAGCUGGCUGGCUGGGAUGAC